CGAAACCCUACCUGGGUUGCUUCAGAAAAGCAAAGCACUAUGCAACCACCAAGUGAUCGGUCUGACGCGAUCUAUGGAUUCUCCAGUUGCAAAGAAUCUCGCAAAUGUCCCUGGCGUUCAGAUGAUGGAGAAAAAUUGGGUCGACAUCACCGUCGACUGGCUGAAGGAACACGAGGUUGUUAGGGCCUACGUCGCAUGCCAUAACAAUCCGAAUCAGUUUGCUGAGGAAAGCACCUUUCUUGUGAACGCCCUUUAUGCCCAGCUGGAGUAUGUUGUUCGAAUCUCAACCACUGCCGCAAAUGUUCGCCCAGACUGCAAAGCCUACUAUCCACGCUCCCAUUGGGCAAUUGAGGCUCUUUUGAGCUCGCCCGAAUUUAACAGUCUAAUGUGGACCUCACUUCAGCCAAACCUCUACUUGCAGUGGGGCCUCGCUCCUGCGGUUGACUUCAUCAAGAAGUACCGCGAAUCUAGAGUGCAGGGAAGACUGAGUUUUACUAUAUCGAAGGAUACACCUAUGGGUCUUAUUGAUUCGAACGAGAUCGGGAUUUUCGCUGCCCAUCUCUUGGCCCAAGAAAAUCCUGCACGGCACAAUAAGGCAAAAUAUGUCCUUAAUGGACCGGAAGACCUCACUGGGGCGCAAGUCGUUGAGAUGGUCGAGCAGCGUACCGGUAUUAAGGUUAAGGAUGUUGGCUAUGAGGAGUUGCUCGCAUUAGCUCAGGCGAGCUAUGAGAAGGUAUAUGCGAAUACAGGGGAGUCAAAGAAUGUUAUUAUGACUGGAAGACAUGCUCUAGAGACUCUAUGGGAAGGUAAAUGCAGAGCUUCUACCACUAGCAAAGAAGUUCUGGAGAUUGCAGCACCUAAGCGUACACCAACUGAUGUGCUAAGGGCCAUGUUGGGUGAGGAAUAAGGUAUGGUACUGGUCUGUGAUACAGGUACCAAAUACAUUUACCGGGUGGUUCACUAUGGGCAAACGAACGGCAGGGAAGAGGUUAGAAGGCUCAGAAGCGAGAUGGAUGGCUCUGAUAGAAGGAUUCAGUAGGCUAGAAGAGGAGAUGAAGAAAUU